GCCAUGGCUGAACACUUUAAAGAAGCAAGCAGAUGUCGUGGCUGCAUGACCUAUCUUGAAAAACCCAUGUACCUGCAAUGUGGGUAUGUCUGCUGCCUCCAGUGCGUCAACUCACUGCAGAAGGAGCCCCAUGGGGAGGGUGUAUUGUGCCCCACCUGUUCCUCAGUCUCUCAGAAGAAGGACAUCAGGCCUGGUAGCCAGCUGGGGGCGCUGGUUUCAAAGAUCCAGGAGUUAGAGCCCCAGCUGAGAGCUGUUCUCCAGAUGAACCCAAGGAUGAGGAAGUUCCAAGUGGACGUGACCUUCGAUGACGGUACAGCCAAUAACCACCUCAUCAUUUCUCAAGACCUGAGGAGUGCCCAUCGUAGGUAUUUCAAACGGAAUCAGAGGACCCAUGAUGAGAGACUCAACGAUGCAGUCAGUGUCCUGGGCUCCCCUCGGUUCACGUCUGGCCGCCAUUACUGGGAGGUGGACGUGGAGACAAGCAAAGAAUGGGUUGUGGGCAUUUGCAGAGAAUCUGUUAUUCGACAUGGGGUCAUUUUACUGUCUUCAAAACUUGGCUUCUGGACUAUGGGAUUGAGCAAUGGAGGUCUCUUCUCAGCUAGCACUGUGCCUUUGACCAUUCUCUCAGUGAGCCCUCAGUUAGAUCGAGUAGGGAUUUUCCUGGAUAUGGAUAUUGGGAUCAUUUCCUUUUAUCAUGUUAGCAAUGGAUCCCAUAUUUUUACAUUCACUAAAGUUUCUGCUGCAGAGCCUCUGCGUCCAUUUUUUGCUAAUCUAAAUCUGAAUGAGGAUGAUGAGGGCUUCUGUAGAAUUUACCCUGUGAUGAAUCCAGGCAUGGCUAGUCCUCCAAUGAGUCCUGGGCAAGGAAACUGA